AUGGCUGGUUUCAAGAAUAUCCUGCUUAUUGGAGCGGGAGGGUCCAUUGGGAGUGUUGUUUUGGAGGCACUUUUGAAAGAGUCAUGCUUCACUGUCUCUAUUCUACAACGCGCUUCAUCCAAAGCAAAGAUACACCGAACAGUGCAUCUGAUCACGGUUACGGAUUCUUACCCGGAAGAGGAACUGAAAGCUGCCUUCAAAGGACAGGACGUCAUCAUCAACUGUAUUACCUCGCUGGACGUGAGUGAGCAGUACAGGUUCAUCGACGCAGCAAUCGAAGCAGGGGUUCGAAGGUAUGUGCCCUCCGAGUACGGGCUAGACAACCUGAAGCCGGAAGCGCAAGCCCUGAACAUGGUCUUCCGGGACAAGGGCAAGGUACAGGAAUAUCUACGGUCCAAGACCGAUGUCAUUGAGUGGAUGAGCGUGAGCUGCGGCAUGUGGAUCAAAUGGAGCAUGGAGCACGACUUUCUGGGCAUGCACGUUCGGGAGAAGAGGUUCGUUCUGUGGGACGAAGGAGAAGGGUAUUUUAGCUGCACGACAGAGGAGAAUACCGCCCUGGCUGUCGUGAAUGCGCUCUCAAGGUAUCCCGAGGAGACCAAGAACAAGAACCUGUUCUUGAGCGACUUUGCCAUCACCCAGCGACAGCUUCUGGCGGAAAUCGAACGGCAAACAGGCGAGAAGUUCUCUGUGGAGAAGCUGGACAGCUAUAAACUGAUUGAAGAAAAGCAGGCCGCGUUCGAGGCGGGGGAUCGGUACGCUACAUAG